UUUGCUUCCCUUUGCUUCCCAGAGCAGGUGAAUGAGUUGGUGGCUCUGAUCCCCUACAGCGACCAACGGCUUCGUCCCCAGAGAACGAAGCUCUACGUCCUGCUCUCGGUGCUGCUCUGCCUCCUGGUCUCCGGGCUCGUGGUUUUCUUCCUCUUCCCACACUCGGUCCUGGUGGAGGAUGAUGGGAUCAAAGUGGUUCAGGUGUGGUUUGACAGGAAGAACUCUGCUGUCCUUCUGGCCAUCACGGGCACCUUAAGGAUCAGGAACUCCAACUUCUACUCGGUGGCAGUGGCCAGCCUGACCAACCAGGUGCAGUACAUGAACACGGUGGUGGGCACCCAGCAGGUCACCAACAUCUCCAGCAUCCCACCCCUGAGUGACAAACUGGUGAAUUUUACUGUGAAGGCAGAGCUGGGUGGAGCCUUCUCCUACGUGUAUUCCUUCUGCACAUACCCCAAGGUGAAGGUCCAUAACAUCGUGGUCUUCAUGAGGAGCUCGGUGAAGUUCUCCUACGUGGGACACACGACCCAGAGCUCCGUGGAGCGGUACCGGUACGUGGAUUGCAGCUCCAACUCCACGGACCCUCUGGCACCUGGGGCAGCCUGAAGGCACAGCUGGGAUUUCUAGAAGGGCACAGACACCUUUAACUGGAAGCAGUGACCCUGGUGAGAGGCACUUGGAAGCUCUGGGUCCCUUUUGUGCCCUUCCACGUGCCCCAAAACCCUCCGCGUGCAGGAAACGGGUCCCUCCACGGAGCCUUCCCUUUGCUUCUGGAGAAACAGCUUUUUUUGGGUAGGGAAACUGGACUUCAGGGAAACUUCAGGCUCUGAAAUCCCGAAGGUUUCGAGUGUUUUGCACCUGUUUGGAAGCUUGGCACUGCUGGGUGUCCCAGGUUCUCUUGCAGUGGGUUUAUUCCCUUCCUUGCUCAGUGGCAGCGUGUCACUGGGGUGUGUUGGAGCAGGCCUGGAUGCCAAAGGACACUUCUCACUUAGGGACGUGCAGGGAAAGCUUCUGCCUCUGCCACGGGCACUAAAAGGAGGCAAAGGAGUCAAAACCUUUGGAACCACGGUGGUUUUGGUUUGCUGGCAGCUGAGA